AUGGCGGGGGGGUCCCGGCGGGCGGCGGGGUCGCGCUCCGGCUCGCUGCUAUUGUGGCUCUCAGCGGGCUCCGGCCAUGGCACUCGCUCGCUCACAGCCUCAGCCUUGCUGCUGCCGCCGCCCCCCGCCCGCCCAUUGGAGCCGGCCGCCGGGACGCGCCGCCUCAUUGGCGCCCGCCGCCGCCGCCGGGACAGCCGGGAAAGGGGAGAGCGGCCCGACGACGAGGAGGAGGAGGAGGAGAAGAAGGAGAAGGAGAAGGAGGAGAAGAAGGGGGCGGCGACGGGAGAGCGGUGGCGGAGAGCGGCACCGCCAUCGCCCUCCUCGUCCCGCGGCGGGCAGGGGGGAGGCGGACGAGCGGCGGCGGCUGAGGUGAAGAGCCUUUGUGCAGCUUUAUCGCAGAGCUACUUGCCAUCACAGCCCAGGCUUCCCACCUCCGAACUGGUCCCAGCCUCCUGCACUCGAUGCAGCCCACCAGCCAUGGAGCCAUGCUCUGAGCACAGCCUGCAGCGCCUGCCCAGCCACGCUGAGGUCAGAUCCCACCUCAGGGCUCCCAAACUGCCACAUCCUACCUACCUGCUUCACCCAUCUGUUUCUCUUUAUGUGUUUUAUUCCCUCUGGUACAUCGUCUGCAUGCUCCUUGUGGCACGGACCGUCUCUGUCCUUGGGGGGUCUAGACCUCAGCGGGGGCUUCAAGGCAUUAAAUGAACAGAAUAAAUUCUGAGUAAUACGAUAAGCUCCUGAAGAAGAGGCCAAAGCCGCAGCAGCCUCGUGCAGAGGAACUGGAGGAGAGCAGCAGGAGCUCUCAGCUCCGAGCCAGUUCUGGCACAGAUCUCUCAUGUGCAAGUGGGGAGCUUUUUGCCUUGUUUCCCCUGGCUGGGAAACAAAAACUGAAAUAUCCAUUUUUAGACACCUAAGUUGUGCUUGGGCUGUAAGGGUUAGCAGUCCUAAAGUCGCUCCUUGAGGAUAACCAAGUAACCACGUAAAGCCUAAAGGUGUGCCUUUAAAAAUGAGGUGGUUUAUUUUUAGUUGUACUGGAGUCAAUGGAAAAAAAAAAUUCAAAUCCUGUCUCAAAUCUGGGAAAAGUAAGCGCUGAAUGUCAGAACACCAUUUCCUUCCAGAAGAUUACCAAUGGUUUAUUAUUCCACGUGUAUAUUUAGAAUAUUCCGCUUACAUAGCUGCUUUAAUAUCCACCACAUUAAAACACUUAUGAUAGCUGAUUGAUCACCUGCAUAAGCAAGUUGCAAGCUCCUCCACCUGGCCCAUCACACGAAGUACUUCUUGGAGCAUCAUUUCAGCAGGUGUGGGUGAACACGAGAUUCCUCUGCACAAUCCCCCUGAUAACAGGCACACAGAUGCCACGCUCCGCAUCCUGCGUGGAGACCACGUGGCCCAAAACGUCAGCAAACCAAACAGUGCUUGUAGAGCACUCAGUAAUGUUCCUGCAGGUUGGCGAGUAAAAACAUGUUGUUUUUUAAAAAGUGUUUCCUGUUUCUUUGGUGCUGUCCCAGCUCUUGUGCUGGGAGCCGUACAGUUGGAAAUCGUCCUGGUAACUGCUGAGUUCACCUGUGCCUAAAGGACAGAAAUGGUUUAAUGGCAGAAAUAGUGAGAGAUCAAGAAGAGAACAAGGACAGGAAUUUCUCAGAGGUACCACAGAACUCUCUCUUCUAUACUAAAUGACCCUGGAUUGAAGAGUACAUUAAACCAACUUAAAAAAAAAAAAUGGAAAAAGAACAGAAAAAUGGCACAAACACACCACUACCUGUUCUUCCUCUUUUCUUCUAUAGGUCAGGUAUAUGAAUACACUUCAUUCUCCUGUUCCUUUGAUUCUGGCCUAACUGAGUGUGCUGGUUUGCAUCCUCACUAGCUAACGCUGUGACCUUUCUUUGAGGAUUUGUAGGAGGGCUCAGAAACAUGCUAGGUGUGGAAGCUUGCGAUCGACAAGAAAAACCUGCGUCGUAGCUUAACUCUCCAAGCAGCGUGGAAAAAAUGUUAAGAACUUGAGGGGGUUUCUAUUUUGCAAACAAGAGGAAGUUCAUUUCCUCUGUUAGCUCACCAGAGCAUUAUGUGCAAAAACACGCCUGGAGCUCUCGAAAUACCUUCACUUAUUUCUGAAGCUACCAAAUGUAUUUAUAGAGCCACCUGAGAAACACUGAUUUUUCCCUUACAGAAUACUACAGAGCUUUUCUGAAUUGUUUCAUGAACCAAACUUCUUAAAAACGCCCAGACCUACAGAAGUUGUGAACUAGAAUCAAGUCUUGGGCCUUUUUCUUUUGGGGGGGGGGAGAGGGCAGGGGAGAGAAUUGUAAUAUUUGAGUGGUAUUGUCAGGACAGUUAAAACUGCCAUAUUAAUGCAUAACUAGGUGACUCCAUGUGCCAACUUUACUAUGUUAAUAAAUCCAGCAAUCAGCAAAUGAGCCUAAUAUAUUACAUGUGCCUGUAAGAAUCCACAACUACUUAUGUCUCAUCUGAAGGCAUGCACAGGUUAGAAAAGAAAUGAGAACAAAUUCGUAAAUGAAACACGAUAAAUGUUCAGGCUUAGAACAGGUGGAGCAAAAAUGAGGUGAAAACUGAGAAACACGAUGUCCUGGUCAGCAGGUGAAUGCCUAAAAGGAUGAGAAGCAGUCACUUGUUGCAUGUGCCACCACUCUGGUUCAUAACAGCCGAGAGCUCGUUCGCUCUCUGUCUAGGCAUCCUGGCAAUUAACCAGAUCAGCAAUGUUAAACAACACUUAUAAAAAUAAAGAAGGAUUUGGGUAUGUUUUAGCCAAGAUGCUUUACCAAACUGCUACCAUUCCUUCCAUGGGAUGGGGUGGGAUGGGAUGCCUCUGUGCUCCUGUUACAAUCCUUUAUUGCCUCCAUACCUUCUAUUACUUGCAAUAGUUAGGACUUGACAAAUUCAGCCUAACUAAGAAUUAUCUCCAGCAAUCAUUUAAUCUUCUUGUCGCUCUAAUGACAUACACAAGUAGAAGGCUAUCUGAGAUCUUUAUGACUACCUUGGUUUGGUAUCUAGAGGUAUUCCUCUAUCCCAUGCAUCGCUGUAUGCUGUCACUUGGCGAAACAGAAUUGUUUUAUGAAGCGCUCCUUUCUUUCUAAUAAAGGACAGGUUGCCUAGAACUGGCCUCAGCUAGGCUUUGAUUCAGGGUGUCAAGCACAAACACCAUCCCGGCUGAUCCAAGACAUUGUUGUCCCUCCGGGUAUUGUCUCUGCAGUGCUGGCAGAAUGACAAAUGUAAUUGUUCCCCAUUUAGUUUUGUCAAAAUGGCCCGAUGUGGAAACCUACAACUGCUUGGCAGCCAAGCGCUCAUUUGGUAGCAUAAUUUUUAAAUUUGCGUGUUCAGGUAUAGUCGGUAUGUGUUUUUUGAGGAAGUGUAGCAUAGCCAAUGCUACUCUGUGUUCCUGCUGCAAAUCUACAGCUACACAAAGUUGUGAAAAAAUAAUAUCAACAAAUAAAAUACCGUACUUCAUAGCAAGGGACACCCCGCCUACUUCUCCCGAUCCCUCACAUACCAGUCCUAAACUGACACAGUUCACCAAGGUCACUGGCACAGUGAAGUCCUGAGGCUUCUUUCUUCAAACGGAUCCCGAAAAUGCUGCACCUGCAUUCUCUAGAUGCCCAAGUAAAAUAAUUUAGAACCAGUAUUUGAGAUCUCUAUGUACAAAUAAGAGUUUCCACCAUCAAAGCAAGUCAGACUCAAUUUGUUUCAAGUCAUGGUUCCCAGCUCACACACGGACUGCUGUCCUCCCCAGCACUCCGCUGCGUGCUGCAGGCUCUGAGAUGCUGAGAUACCAAAGAAACAUCUUAUGUUGCUGCCAGAUGGAAACCCGGGGAUUAUUUCAGAGGCACAUGCAGCUGAGCAGCCACUGACACCGCAACAGAACCAGAGUUUGGGCACAGAGUCCAGACUUUGUCGCCCCUUACUCUGAUAGGAUAAGCAGGGAAAAAAACAGUACAGGAUGAAAUCAUUUUUCCCUAAAGCAAGAGACAUGAAAUUGUGAAUGCAAACUUUGCAACAUCCUGCAAAGAAUAAUUUGUGGCAGGAAUAAUUACAAUUUAAGGUAGUGUAACAAACAGUUUACUGAUUUAUGCUUUCACUCCUUACAUAUCCGCAAGAAUGGUAUCAAACAAAAACUCAUAACAACCAUGCUAAUUUCUAGGCAUAGCUCCCCAUCACUGGAGAAGUCCCAGUAAAGCUGAGUUACCGUCACUUCCAGCUUUCUUACCUGUGUGCGUGCGCCCUUUGGUUUUAAUCUGGGUCCAAAGUAGUGGAUGGUGGCAUGAUUUGUGUUCCACUGGGUACUGAGAGUCCCUGGAUUAAAAACAUCCAGAAAAGUGAAGUCUGCAUUUGUGCUUCAGCUUCAUUGUGAAUGUACUUUCUGCCAUCAAUAACAGCAGGUUUGGGAUGCAAGGGUCCUUUGGUGAUCUGCUGAAAUUGCAUAUUUUUCUUUUAAACUUUUAUUAAAUAUUUAACCUUCCCAAGCGAUCGUUUUAAAUUAGUGCAGGGAACUCUCUUGAAUCCCUCCUCGCAUUUCCCAUUGCCAGUUCUGAUUUCCUGUGGCAACAGCUGCUCGAGCACCACCUUUAUGGGAUUUUCAGCAGCAUCAAAUCUUUAUUCAGAACAUGAGAGGGUGAGACUGAAAUUGAUACUGAAUUGAAAAUAGAAUGUGUUCCCAUAAAAAUACUGGUGUCGAAAUUGCAGCAAGAGUAUAUAGGAUCAAAGUGAAGAGUAAUAUUUUCUGUCACUCACU